UUGCAUGGAUACGUAUACCACCAUUAAAACCUUAAAGUCAUGCUCAUCGAUCUCGACUUGCAAACUGCAUUCUAUUCCUCCUUAUUUCUUCCAUCUCGAUAUUCUCCUCUUAACGCUUUCUUAAAGCCCCUCUCCUCCUCAAACCUCCGGAGUCUCUCCCUCCCUCCAUCCCUCUCUCUCUCUCUCGCUCUCCAUGCAAUUGAUAUGAACAGAUUCUCAUUAAGAACCUCACCUUGCCACUACAACUCGUGCUAGAUACACACACCAUGCUACAAGAACAAAAAGAAGUUAUGUGGCCUAAGCUGGUGCUUAACAAGGUCCUUAGAAAAAGUUUAAGCAGCAGUAAUAUCGUUGCCGACUUGCCAGAUUCAAGAGAGAUCCUGCCAGAAUUUCAUAGUUCAGAUGCCAGCACCAUGAAAGCAUGCAAUCAGCAAACUUGCAAGAUCUUUGUCAGCUCUUGGAACGUUGGAGGCACUGUUCCACCAGAAGACAUGGACAUCGAAUAUUGGCUCGAUACAAAGAAAUAUCCCGCCGACAUAUACGUUUUCGGGUUCCAAGAAAUAGUUCCACUGAGUGCCGGAAAUGUUUUGGGUUCAGAAAACAGCAAGAUUUCCAGGAAAUGGAAUGCAAUAAUAAGCAGAACUCUCAACAAGUCGAGCUCUCGUGCAAGGCCAGACGAUAGUCCUACCGUGGGAAGCCAGUCAAAAGAACAUUUCCGAUGUAUUGUCAGUAAGCAGAUGGUUGGAAUAUUUAUAUCCGUUUGGAUCAGGAGCAACCUCUGCGAAUUCGUCAGUCAUCCGAGCGUUUCUUUUGUCGGCUGCGGCAUAAUGGGUUGCUUAGGAAACAAGGGUUCGGUGUCAGUAAGAUUUUUGCUGCGGGAAACAAGCUUUUGCUUCGUUUGUAGUCAUUUAGCUUCUGGAGGGAGAGAAGGUGAUGAGAGGAACAGAAACUCAGAUGCAAUAGAAAUAUUGCUACGGACGACGUUCCCACAUGGCCCCUCGCGCAAUUUGCCAAGAAAAAUCCUCGACCACGACCGUGUGAUUUGGCUGGGUGACCUAAACUACAGAAUCCACCUCCCCGACACCAUGACUCGAUCUCUAGUCGAGAAAAGGAAGUGGGAUUUACUAUUGGAAAAGGAUCAGCUGAAGGCCGAGCUCAUGGAGGGUCAUGUCUUCCAAGGUUGGCAAGAGGGAGUGAUCAAGUUUGAGCCAACCUACAAAUACUGCCUGAAUUCGGAGAGUUAUUAUGGUGGAAACCCGAACGCCAAAGUCAAAAAGAGUCGGGCUCCAGCAUGGUGCGAUCGGAUAAUUUGGUUUGGGGAGGGUUUGAAGCAAAGCCUGUAUGACCGAGGAGAAUCGACAUUGUCCGAUCACAGACCUGUCCGAGCAAUUUUCACGGCAGAGACUGAGGUUUACAGGGUCCUGCAGAAGUCAGAUGUUUCUAACGACGAGGGAUUAAUUGAUACAAGAACAACAUUCAGAAGAGUUCUUGAAUGAUAAAGAUUUAGGUGGUACCAUAUAUUCAUGGUUCUACUGGAUAUUCAAAACUAAAUGUCACUACAUACGGGAAAGAGAGAUUAAGC